GGAGCCUCAGUACAUCCUGCGAAAACAUCCUCACAUCCACUCACGGAGACGAGGUUCUUGCUUAGAACACUGCAGUGCAACUUCUAUCACGCCUCCAGGUCUCACAAUGCGUAUACAUGCCUGCAGGUCGCUUUCGCAAGAUUCAAGUCCCCGGCGCUCGCCACCAGAAGCGAAUCACGUUGGUGGAGGAUAUAUCAAGGGGUUGGAACGGCUCGUCACCGCUCGUCAUCAGCUGCUGGGUGCCCGCAUUGGCCUUGGCACAAGACACCUUCAGGACCAGGGUGGGCCUGGGCCUGGGCCUGGUGUCCACGCCUUUUCGCCCCAGAGUUAGGCCGCAACCUGGACAUAUUCACUGCGGAUCUGCUGGACGAGGCCUUGGUGCACGUGGUUUGCGGCGGCCAAACCGGCCAAACAAACUGGAACAACUCCGAAGGCGACCUCCCCAGGCGCUUGGUUCGCCAUCAAUAGUGCCAUUCUCUGUCACCAUCGAUGAAGGGCAAUGCAAUGUCACCAGUCUUACUGUACGCUACAAAAUGGAUGAUGGACCAGAACAGCAAGCGAUCGCAAGCGGAGCGAAAGUGCAAGUGACUCAACUAUCGCCCUGCACAAUGGAGGUCACUUUUGCCGAGUGGCACAAGCCGUUUGUGUAUCCGUUUCCAGUCGACGGUCGCAAGGCUAAGACACGGAUUGCUCGCAAAUCCGGCUAUAUUGAGGUCGAAGUCCCUGUGUCUGACUCUCUCCAGGAACCCCGUAGUGUGCCGCCUGGUAGCUACGCGAUGAACAGCUUCCCAUUGCUGUUGUGUCUACCCCUGAAGGUUCCCAUACCUUGCAAUAUUCAUCGACUCACCCUGGAACGGCUUCCCGUUUUAGGCUUUCUACGACAAACGACAUUAAUUGGAUGCAAACUUAUCUCUCUCUCGCCUUUUCCGAUCGCGAACGUGCCAUUUUAAAGCAAAUAGCCUGCCCCCGUGAUCGCAUGGAGACAACCUUCGUUCAGGUGAACAAAACCUUGCACGCUCUGUUCGAAACAAUCUUGAAGUCAAGUUCUUCACGAGUACUCACGCU